GUACUGACGAAUGAAACAAUAUUAUUUUCGCGGUCUUUGCUACAAACAGAUUGGUCAUGGAGUAAACGUGUUCAUGAAAAUAGAUGCCUAAAAGUAUAUUGAGGGUGAAUAAUAUAAAAAUAUAUAAAUAAUAUAAUUUAUUUAAAUACAAGUGAUAGAGUAAAUGCAGUGUUGAUAAAUACUCGUUUUGGGUAAAUAAAAUAGUGUAAAAGUAAAUGGUGUUGAUUGGGUUGGUAAAUAAUUAGAGAAAGUGUGUGGUGGCAUAACGAGUAGGGAAGCGCGGCCAUUUUAUGUUAGUAUGACGUAGAGGCUGGGUGUGUAGCACAGCUUCACGUUGAACCGUCCGUGUUGAUUGUAAUAAUAGCGAACUAAAGCGAUAAACUCUGAUGCUGGUCUUGAGAUAAAUGUACGGCGUACGUACGGGAGGUGUGAUUUGUAAAUAAAGUUUGGGGCAGAAGGUGGGUAUUGUUAAGGUAGAGUAGGUUUAGCUAAGUGGUUGGCGUAGUUGUCGGCAUAAAGCACAAUCACAGAGAGCAUGAGCGAGGAAAGUAAUCCCCGUACACUUUACGUGGGUAAUCUUGACCCAUCGGUUUCUGAGGAUCUGUUAUGCACAUUAUUUUCUCAAAUCGGGCCUAUAAAGGGCUGCAAAAUAAUACGUGAACCCGGUAAUGAUCCUUAUGCUUUUGUUGAAUUCACAAAUCAUCAGUGCGCGGCUACGGCGCUGGCCGCCAUGAAUAAGAGACUCUUCCUCGAUAAGGAGAUGAAGGUUAACUGGGCCACGAGUCCGGGUAAUCAACCCAAGCUUGAUACCAGCAAUCAUCAUCAUAUAUUUGUUGGUGACUUGUCGCCUGAAAUUGAAACCCAGACACUUAAAGAGGCAUUUGCGCCCUUUGGUGAGAUAAGCAACUGUAGAAUUGUACGUGAUCCUCAGACCCUGAAGAGCAAAGGGUAUGCGUUUGUGUCGUUUGUUAAGAAAUCGGAAGCUGAAGCUGCGAUAAAUGCUAUGAAUGGACAGUGGUUGGGUUCACGGAGCAUUAGGACAAAUUGGUCCACCAGAAAACCACCGCCACCGAGAUCUGAGAGACCAAGGCACACAAAUAAUAGUAAACCCAAUUAUGAAGAGGUAUUUGCACAGAGUAGUCCAACAAACUGCACAGUCUACUGUGGCGGAUUUACAAAUGGCAUCACUGAAGACCUAAUUAACAAGACCUUCUCUCAAUUUGGUACUAUUAAUGAUAUUAGAGUUUUCAAGGACAAAGGCUAUGCUUUCAUUAAAUUUACGACGAAGGAAGCGGCAACACAUGCUAUUGAGGCUACGCAUAAUACAGAAAUCAAUGGUAGUGUUGUUAAAUGUUUUUGGGGAAAGGAAAAUGGUGAUCCUAACAGCGUUGGACCAAAUGCUAAUCAACAAGCUCAACAGGUGACUGCCGGAGCUGGACAAUAUCCUUACGGUUAUGGUCAACAAAUGAGUUAUUGGUAUCCACAAGGAUACCCACAGAUGCAAGGUCAGUUCUUGCAGCCAGCUCAAUACUACAGUCAGUACUAUAGUCAGCAGCAAGCUCAGCAGUACAUGAAUAGCAUGAGAAUGCCGGCACCGGCUGCUGGCGCGUGGCAACCUGGACAGGCAACAGCCGCACCCCCAACUGGAACAGCUGCUCUUCAGCCAGGACAGCAAACUAUGGUUUAUACAAUGCCGCAGUAUCCUACACAAUGAAACCGAUCUUGCAGAUACUAAGUAAGACCAAUCGAUUUUCGAGACAUGUGACAAAUCAGAUUAAAAAUGGAUUUAAAUAAAAGUUUUAUUUAAGAAAACAGUAAUAAUAAAUAAUUUCUCGAUAAUAUUCAAACAGGGGCUUCUUUGAGUAAUAAUUCUAGCACGUGUCUGGUACAAAAAAACAAGUGCGUUCACGCUCUCUCCAUCAUUAACCAAGAAUUAUUUACAAAACAUUUAAUAAAUAAUUAAAUAAAAUAAACAUUGAUACAAGAUGCAUUAUUAAUUACACAUUGAUCUUGACGAUUCUGCAUAUCGGAAUAAUUUGUUAUUAUAUAUUCUUCGGGACUAAAAGUAUUCGUAUACAAAAAUUAAAAAAAUAAAAAAAAGAAACAAAAACAAAAAAAAAUAAAAAAUAAAAAAAAAUGUUGUUCAUCUAUAUUUCCAUAUCCAAUUGUUAAAUCACUGCAAGCAAGUGAACUUAAACUAUUGUUCAGUGAAUAAAAUUGCUAGUUUUCAGAAAUGAAUUUUUAAUUACAAUUGUGCGAGCGUGACGUGUACUGUAUAAUAUUUUUCAUUGUAGUUUUGCUACGACAGAGCCCUGUACUAAUUUAAUAUUUAAUGUCAUAUCCAUAUUAAAUAAUUUGAGUUUAAAAAAUUUUUUUUGUUUGUUUAAAUAUUUUGUUUAUUUGUGAAGCGUGAUUACCGUUGUUUCCUUUCUAUAAAGACUAAGUUUUUUUUUUUUUAAAUGACUUUUCGAUGUGAGAUUAGUUUUAGUCUCAAGAAUAAAUAAAAAAAUUGGAUUAACAUUGCGUGAUGAAAAGUCUAGGGCUCUCAAUGUGGAGCAAUCAUAGCUAAUGUAGAAAAUUAAUUGACAAAAAAAAAUAAUAAAAUGACAGUGCGUUUAUUGUCGGUGGUUGUGAGACAGCGUAUGUUUCACCAUCUUAAAAAAAUUAUUAAAUUAUAAUAAUUUUAUUAAUGGUUUGAGUAAUAAAAUAUUUAAAUUUAUAAAUUGUAGAUUGAACUUUCAUUUAUUUUUCUUAAUCUAUCAGGGCUAGUUUUUCAAACCGGGUUUUGAGUUAAUAUUGCUAGUAUAUCUAUACAUUAACAAUAUAUGGAUAUACCAGCAAUAAUAAUUUAAACCCGGAUCAAAACUUAACUCGGUUUGAAAAACUGCCCCUUAUUUUCUUUCUUUCUCAUUCUUUCUAUCCUAUUUUUUUUUUUUUUUAUUUUCACUAACAUUCAGACUCUGACUCUAAUGAUUAUUUGUAAAUUUUGCUUUAUCAUUGGACGACAUUUUGAUCUUAAUUAAGAGAGUCAUUAUAAAAAAUAAAUAAAUCAACAAAGUUACAUGACAUGUCUAUUUAUCCAUUAGUGUCUUCCAAGUAAUUGUGUGGUUAAAUGAAGAUUAUGUCGAAUUAUAAUAAUUCAUUUUUAUAUCAUAACUAACUAUUAAAUAGUAAUUUUAAUUGACUAAUAAAUAAACAAUACUAAAUAAAAAAUUCAUUAAUAUUUAUUUAUAAAUUGUAAAUUACUGUUGUAAUAAUUUUUUUCAACGUGAUUUUUUUUUUACUCACUCUAAUUAUGAUAAAAAAUUUUUUGUGUUUUGUGUUAUAGAGUAAAAACAACCACCGAUAAUAAAAUUUUUAUAAGAAUGCCCCGAAAUUUCCAUUCGCACUUUUCACCAAAAACAAAAAAAUUGAAAAUAAUAAAAAAAAAAGAAUGAAUAAAAAUAAAAAUUUGUCCAUAGUCAGUUAUUAAGCGUAAUGUGUAAGACAUAGUAAAAAAAUAAACAAUUCUGAUUUAAAAAAAUGAUGAUACGAAUAAUAUAUAGACAAAAAAUUAUAACUACAAUAUAACUGAAAAUUAUAAUAAAUGAAUAAGUAAUAAAACGCUGGCAGCAGUAAAAAAUUCUGACUAUGGAUAACUAUUAAUCAGUGAAAUAAUGGAAGACGUAAAGAAAAGAAAAAAGAAAAAAAAAUGAUAAAAGAAUGUUAUAUAAAAAAAUAAUUUAGGUAUGUGGGGUUGGCACAAACCUCGACAAUGCUUAGGAUAAUGUUAUCUUAUAAUAAAAAAAAGAAUAAAAAAACAAAAAAAAAAAAAAA